UCAAGCUCCGCAUUUUGCAAAACAAUCCGGUGGAGGAUCUCUAAGGUACCCAUGGCUACCUACAGCCUGGCGAACGAGCGACUCCGCGCCCUGGAAGAGAUUGAACGGGAAAUCGGCGCCAUUCUUCAAAAUGCAGGUACAGUGAUACUGGAACUGUCCAAAGAAAAAACUAAUGAGCGGCUCCUAGACCGGCAAGCGGCUGCCUUUACUGCAUCGGUGCAGCACGUGGAGGCAGAGCUGUCGUCACAGAUCCGCUACCUCACCCAGGUGGCCACUGGACAGCCCCAUGAAGGCUCCAGCUACUCUUCAAGGAAAGACUGUCAAAUGGCCCUGAAGAGAGUAGACUAUGCUCGCCUCAAGCUCAGUGAUGUAGCCCGAACCUGUGAGCAGAUGCUGGAAAACUAGGCCAAGGAUGUGGGACAAGAAUAUGGAGGGAGACCACAGAACCUGGAGACCUGUAGGAUGAGCAUGAGCUGCCUCAUACAUUCUCUGUUGGUCAAAGUGUAUGGGGACAAAGCAACAAAAGUUGGGAAUGAAGGAGCAUAAAGACCAAGACUGCCCAUAACUAUGUCCUGGCUACUCCAGUAGGGUGCUCCUCUGCAUUUCACAAAAGCACUGACUUACUCAGACAAGAGGUGGAGAUUCUGUCAUCCAGCCCACUUCCUCAUAUAUUUCCCACAUAUCCCUGGCACAGGCUUCUCACAAUAUGGCCCAGUGACAACACAUUCUUCACUGGAAAGGACAAAACAUGAACUGAGGAUUUUAGGGGCCACCCUGG